GUUUUUUUCUUCAAGCUUUCAUUUUACCAGCAGUUUCCUGUUCUAAGACUCCUUUGCAACUGAAAUCCCACAGUUUAUCCUCAGCAAGACGUGGCCGACAUGAAUUAACAUCUCCUCCCUGAUAGUGCUGGAUUUGACUUGCAGUGGAAAUACCACUCCAAGAGUUCUAUGGCUGACAAAAAUUACCAGAAGGAACCACAAGUGCAGUGGAGCUGUUGCAUGCACAUCUCACCAUGGCUUCUCUUUGGAGCUCGCUGGAAAAAGAGGUGUUCAACCCACAGAACAAGAGGCUGCUGGAAGCCAUUUGUGUCUGGAAGACAGGGAAGAAGAAGAAAAUGUCCAUUCUCUGUGUAGUGGUGGAUGCCUUUAGGCCAAUGCAGCCGUUCCUGGUGAAGGUCAAGGUAGACCGAGGAGAGCAGUACAAGAUGGCAUACAGGUGGCCUUUAGCAGAGCUGAAGCUCGUAGAUGGCAAAACUCUCGAUCAGGCGAACUUGGAUUUUGACCUGCAGUUUGAUAAGAUUUACAAGUGGACUGCUAGCAGCUUCGACGAGAAGAAAACCUUUAUCAGAUGCCUGUGGAAGCUGAACCACCGAUUUCUUUCCAGUGCUAUCACAUUUGUGAAUGUCCAAUUCUGUUCUGUGGAAGGGAGACAAAGGCUGCAGGAGGACAGGAGGGAUGUUGCAGAGACUGAGAACCAGGAGGAGCUCAGUGUGUACCAGGAGAUGACACCAAAGGAAGCUGCUGAUGUCUUGAAGCUAAUGGAGGAGCACGAGCCCCUUGUAAACAACUCCAUAGCCUUUGCAGAGCAGCUAAGCAGGGAUCUUCAUGUGCUGGAUGAGGCCAACCUUCAGGCCAUCAUCUCUUCUGAGAAGCAGGUGACACAGCUGAUGAGCUCCAUUGAUGAGGCACUGGCAGAGGUGGCCAGAGUGGAGGAGACCUUGCAGAUCUAUGAUGAGCUGCUAGGGAGUGUGAAGCAGCAGAUGGACCACAUCCACCAGGAGAACUCCUUGCUGCAUCACAUCACAUCUAACAAGGCGAAACUGACGGAUGAGAUUCUUUUCCUCACGACCCACCUCGACCUUGGCAAGGAGCAUUGCGAGGCCCUGAGCUGUGCAGAUCUUUCCAGCCCCAGUGGAGUGGAAGCCUGUAUUGCUGCAGCAGAGGCAUUAUCUGCCUGCAUGAGCAUCCAGAUACAGUCUGGUUAUCGGAAGCUACAGGCUGUGGCUGAGCAGCUGAUCAUGUUUGAAACACUCAAGCAGAACUUCGAAAACCGCUUCAUCGGUCACAUUAUGAACAUCUUUGAGAAACAGGGCAAUGCUCAGAUUCCUGCUCUCACACAGCCCAUGGAUGAGCUGUCUGCACCAAGCCAUGGACUCCAGCAUGAGGAGCUGAUGCCCUACGCUCCACUCAUGGCCUGGCUGAGGAAUGCCAACCCAGUGCUGUUCUGUGACCUCCCCAAGGUCUAUGCCCAGAACCUCAGCAGACUGUAUGACAGGGAAAUCAAAGCCUUUUUUGAACAGGCCAAAAUCCUCUUAAUGGGAAGAAGGAAGGGAAGUCUCCAGGAAGGCUUGGAGAAGCCAGCAGGGAUGGGGAGUAGACAGCACCCACGGUGGAGCCUCCCAGGGAGCAGAGAAGGUCAGGAGGACAUACUGAACAAAGGCAAUGUCAUCAAGCAGAUCUUGGAGCAGGUGCUGAGAGAGCUACGACCCCUUUGCAUCGCAGAGCAGCUCUUCAUUGAAAAAUUCUUCCAGCUGGGCCAGAACUCUGUGGAGCUGCAGAAGCUGGAGGAAGAAGAAAGCACGGCAUCUCCAGACGAUCCUGCUUGUGCCAAGAUAUCGAGCCACCUAGAGGAACAGACAGCCCAGCUGCUGAGUGAGAUCUUCAGUUCUCUGGACCCGGAGCUGAGAUGCUUUCUAGACGUCUGCAACAAGGCUCACCCAUUCAGCUGUCUGCAGGUCCUGGUUACCCUGAAUGACUGCAUCUUUGAGAUGUGGGGGAAGACCUCAGCUCUUCCCUCAUCCUUCCUCAACACUGUUCUGGGCAACGUGCUGCUCCUGGCCAAGAGCAGCUUCAACAAAUGCAUUGGGACUUUGUGCAAAGAGAUUGAGGAAGCAAAGGUGCCCAGCAAGCUGAAGGUCGGGAUCCUGCCCUCUGUGAGCCGCUUUGAGGAGUUUGUGAAUUUUUCGGAGGCAGUGUUCAGGACAGCUCAGCGCAGAGUAGAGCUGGACAAGGCACACCUCAGAUUGGCUGACAGUGUCUUCAGCAACAUCAAUAGCCUGUCCUCAGCAAACCUGAAAGUGAACACAGAUAUGGUCAUGAUGGAAAACUUCCACCACGUUCACUGCUUCCUGUGCCAAAAGAAGAUCCAGUGCCUGGAGGGCAAGAAGAGAGAAGCCAAGCAGAGGUAUAGUGAGCACAUGGAGAAAUACGUCAUCAGGUACCUGGGACAGCCACUGGAGAAACUCAAUCACUUCUUUGAAGGAGUGAAAGCCCGCGUUGCUCAGGGGGUGAAAGAAGAGGAGAUCAGUUUCCAGCUGGCCUACAGCAAGCAAGAGCUGAGGAAAGUCAUUGAAAGAUACCCUGGCAAGGAAGUAAAAAGAGCCCUCGAGACCCUCUACAGAAAAAUUCACAAGUAUCUUUCCCCAGAGGAAAACCUUUUUCCGGUUGUGUGGCAUGCUAUGGAGCAGGAGCUACUACGUCAGUACCAAGAAUUCGAGGAUCUGAUCCAGCGCUGUUAUGUGGGGUCAGGGAUCACCAUGGAAUUCACUAUGGAGGAUUUGCUGAGCUACUUCAACUCCAUCACUCUGUCCAGCGCAUAGAGGCAGAAUUUUAUGGAGAACAGC